UCACAUCCACCGUCGCCAAUUGGCACUCACGGGUGCUCACAUUGGGUGAAAGAAAUUGCUGUAGUGUUCAUAUCAAUUUUCCAGACACUAUUUUCGAAAAGAAAACAUAGUUGUUUCCUGCUAACUUAACAUAAGAUUGUUGCUUGGAAGGAUUUAAAUAUUUCUCAUGAUGUCUUGGUGCGCUAUUGAGUCUGACCCUGGUGUUUUUACUGAACUCAUACAACAAAUGCAAGUCAAGGGAGUUCAAGUGGAAGAAUUAUAUUCACUUGACAUGGAUUUUCUUGACAACCUGCGGCCCAUAUAUGGUUUGGUACUUCUGUAUAAGUGGCGACCAGGGGAAAAGGAUGACCGUCCUGUAAUUAAGGAUCUGAAUCCAAACCUUUUCUUUGCCAGUCAGGUUAUCAACAAUGCUUGUGCAACCCAAGCUAUUCUGUCGGUUUUGAUGAACUGCCCAGAUAUUGACGUUGGUCCAGAACUGUCCGUGCUUAAAGAGUUCACCAAAAACUUCCCUCCAGAACUUAAAGGAUUGGCAAUCAACAACAGCGAAGCCAUACGAACAGCCCAUAACAGCUUUGCCCAUAACAGCUUUGCUAGGCCCGAGCAGUUUGUAGCUGAGGAGCAGAAAGUUGGAGGAAAGGAUGAUGGUGUCUACCAUUUCAUAAGCUAUUUACCUGUUGAUGGCGUGCUGUAUGAGCUGGAUGGACUGAAGGAGGGGCCAGUCAGCCUUGGCCUCUGCUCUGGUGGGCCAGGUGACCUGGACUGGCUGCACAUGGCUCAGCCGAUAAUUCAGGAACGGAUUGAUAGGUAUUCGGAGAUCGAAAUCCGGUUCAGCCUCAUGGCUAUCGUAAAGAAUCGGAAAGAGAUGUACACGGCUGAGCUCAAGGAACUCCAAAAGAAGAGGGAGCAUCUGGUGCAGCAGUUGAAUGAACAUGUGGGCGCUGCCAACAAGCACAGUCCUGCAGUCGAAGCCUUGAACAAAUCACUUGCUGAGGUGACAGCUGGAAUCGAAGCUGUGACCGAGAAGAUAAUAAUGGAAGAAGAGAAGUUCAAGAAAUGGAGAACUGAGAACAUCCGGAGGAAGCAUAACUACGUGCCCUUCCUAUUCAACUUUCUCAAGAUUCUUUCAGAGAAGAAGCAAUUGAAGCCUCUGAUUGAGAAGGCCAAGCAGAAAUCAAGCAGCCCGAGAUAAACUGGUAUGCAAUUUAUGAAGCUUAGAGAGAUUCUCUACUUGUGUGUUCUUGGAUCUCCUGGUUGUUAAGCGCCUCAUUUUGAAGGUUUAUUUCUAUAUAGUGAAGCAAUUGAAGUUGUGCUAA